CUACCGCGGGAGAACUGGAGUAAAUGGCGGGAUUGUCGACCCACCGUAAUUCCUCAUGAAUGAAACAAGUGUAUGUUUAUCAAUUAUUAUCUAUCUAUCUAUCUAUCUAUCUAUCUAUCUAUCUAUCUAUCUAUCUAUCUAUCUAUCUAUCUAUCUAUCUAUCUAUCUAUCUAUCUAUCUAUCUAUCUAUCUAUCUAUCUAUCUAUCUAUCUAUCUAUUUAGCGAGCUAGCUAUUAUCUUGCCGCUAACAAGUUCGCUAAUUUAGCUAGCCGUUUUGCUAACUCGCGAAAAUGUCCAUUUUUUUCGUUUCUAGUGAGAAAAGUAAACGUCGCUACUCUAAGUACGAUCCGAAAACUUAACUUUAUUUACAUAAAAAUGUGUUUCAGUGCCUUUUGGGUUGUUGAAAUGAGUUGGUUCCGAUGAACUAAUGUAUAUAGCGCAAACGUUGGAAAACUACAACUCCCAGAGUUCCGUAGGUGUAACGCGAAGCUACGGGAAGUCGGACGUUUUUUUUUUUUUUUUUUUUUUUGACAGCAGUCGCAGUCAGCCUGCGGACUGGGAAGCAACACAAACACACACAGACGCACGCACAGCGGCUGGAGCUGCAGAGGCGUGCGAGCGCUCGCUCGUCUCUUCGGCUCCUUCCUCCACCACGUCACCGAACCAGGACGUUGCUCAUCUCCAUCUGCUUGUUUUUUUUUCAUUCUUCCUUUUUCUUGACUGCCGUCGCCAUGAGGAGCUGACCGCGGGCAUGCCGCGCAGCCAGCCCGGCAACGGCGCCCCUGCUCGGGCGAGGAGCGGAGCGUCGGUCCGCCGCUGAGCACCAUCACCCGACCGACUGUUGGAACACAACAGCAGCAGCAGCUCAUCUUGCAGAGGCAACAGGGCCGCUUCUGCUUCUGCCGCGAGAGAAGGAGAGAGAGACGCUCGUCGUUGCUACCAUGGGCAACGCACGGAGCAGAGGGGAUGCGGCUGGAGAGACACAAAGUGUGCGAAUCGCUGCUGCCCACUGCAGUAUUGAUGACCCGAUGAUCCCCUGCAGAACUCUGCCAGCCGGGCAGACGGAGUGAGGUGAGCCCCGGAAUCCGAAUCAGCCGGCGAGCCGGCGGCGGCGAACGGAGGAGCGGGACGUGAAUGGUGGUUGAAUCGUCUUGGCAACGCUAUCGGACGUCAGAAGAGAGGCCCGCUCGAUGCCCACUGGAUGAGCGGCGAGGGGAAAAGGCUGCGAGCUCUUGUCCAAAGGGCUCCUGGCUCACCAUGCCCUGCCGCCGGUGACCGCCGGUGACUGCCGGUGAACCCCGACCCCCUUCCUGCGCAAGCCCCACGCUGGCCAACGGCGGGCACCCCACCUACCCACCGGGACGGGCCGCGACCGGCGCCGAGCUGCUCGGAAGCAUGCAAACGCACGUCGACAGGCACACGCUUUCCCACGCCAAUUUGGACUCUUGCGGUUCUGUCGGCACCCAACAGUCCAGAACUCUCCGCACGGCGCCACCUCAGGCCUUGUCUUUAGCGCUCGGCAAUCAUCCGGCCUCGGCCAAUCGGGCUGCAGAAAUGGACGUACCAGCAAAUGUUUGUCCGAACGCCGGGGAACGCUCGUCCCCUCUCAUUGUGGAGGCCGAGAGGAAGUACGCGCUGCGCAGCUCCGGACGUUCCCGCUUCCCAUGUCACGUGCGCAAAUCCUCCCGGCUCCGUCGAACCCCGGAGGACGGCGAGAGGAGGGCCGAGAGGGAGAGAGCGGACGAAGACUCGGCGGAAGCUUCCGAGGAGAAGAUCUGGAGGGUUAAAGAAGAGGAGCUGGCGGAGGAAAAUGUCCCGAAAAAAGAGCAACCAGCAAUGGAGGCUGUCAUCGCCGCAGCUUCCUGCCCCGCAGACGUUCCUCUCGCCCUAACUCUACCAAAACCCGUACCUAAAGUAAGCCCAAAACCCGCACCCCGACUCGGGCACAGACCUGGACCUAAAUCUCGCUCGAGGCCCGCUCCCAAGUCAGUCCAGAGACCCGGUCCUAAAAGUGUGAUGAGACAGCGUCUGGCAGUGCAGGCGGCGUUGCAGUGUGCCGCCGCCGCCGCCGCCGCUCAUCUCCCGCCGGUGCCGCUCGUGAAAAAGGAGGUGCAGAUUUUCUCUCCCAACGGUCGGCGGUGCGGACGUUUUGUCGGAGUGAGGCGGAUCGUGGUCAAGGUGGCUCGCAUUCCUGUCAACCUCGGCCGGAGACAGAAAAGCUACAAGAUCUCCAAUUUGGAGACGAUUGCGGCGCCGGAGAAGGGCAACAGCGUCCCUGCGGAGGGCCCCGAAGUGGCGAAGGAGACCACGGCGUUCCUCCGUAUGAAGAACAACGGCAAGAGCGUCAUGGUCAUGUUCCCGCCCGGAGAGCUGCCGCUCAUCAUUAAGCGCAGGCGGGGGCGACCGCCCAAACAGCCGGUGGUGAUGGUACCGGGGGAGGCCCCUGCGCCGUGCGCCGACGGAGACCAGCUCAAGAAGCCCCGCAGGAGGCGGCGGACCAAACUCCCUUGUCCGUAUCCAUCGUACGUCGGUGACACAAACGACGUGAAGACCGAGUACGGGGACGUCCUAUCCAAACUGGCCUUUUUGAACCGCCAGCCGCCCGCCACCGGCCGAUGCUCCCCCCCCCGCUGUUGGACGCCGAGCGAGCCGGAAAGCUUUCACACCCCGUCGGAAAACCCGGGAAUAUCCACCCUGCUGCACCGGCUCACCGGAUUUCGACGGCCCCGGGGCAGCAGAGGAGGGGGCGCCGGGAGGGGCGGCGGCGCUGCAGGGGGCGCCGGGGGCGGCGAGCACAACAAGAGCACCUUCUGUGACUUCUUUGAGUCCAUCGGCAAGAAGCGCAAACUGAGCCCACUCUCUGAGCACGGAUUACCCAGAAAAAGGGGGAAGGGCGUUGGGGGCGUCGGCCGAGGGGGGGGUGUGGUCGGAACCGGGCUCGGGAGUGAGAAGACGGUAAGAAAGAGACGGGUGAGGAAAAACGGCACAUUGAAAGGGGAGGGGCUGUGCACGGGACCGGACUGGCCCAAUGGUUCAGGGGGCUGGGGCGAGGAGGACGCUGACAAACGCUACCAGCUGUGCGGCUCCACUAGGGGGGGCUUCCCCUCCUGCGAGGUCGGCAGGAGGGACGCCUACUGCCGAGGAAGCAAGGGGGUCCGGCAAGCUGGGGAGGACUCGCAAAGUCUGUUUGCAGGAUAUUUCCGGUCCCUGCUGGACUCGGAUGACUCGUCUGAACUUUUGGAGAUCGCGCAUUCAAACGCACGCAAAGCUUCAUCCGCUCACGGUUUUGAAGCAUCCAGCCUGGCGACGGGUCACCGAUGGUCCCCAGGCAUCCCCAAAUGGGGACCCAACGGAGCGAGUUCCGUAGCGGAAGGUCCCACGCAGAUGCAUUGCUUCUCAGCCGGGCCUCCUUACAACUUUGCCAGCCAGACUCAAACGUCGCCCACCCCUUCCAGCUACCCCAAAUCCACCCCUCCGUCCAUCUCGCACUCUCCCUGCUCCCCUCACCCCGCCGGCUACGGCCACUACUCUCCCGCCUACGCCCCCCCUUCUUGCGGCGGGCCCCAGAGAUCCUCGGACUGCAGUUUUUCAUACAGCGGCAGCGGAAAAAACGGAGUCCUCGACCGCGGUCAGAUGGGCUACUCCGGCUACCAGGUGGCGGCCAGGAAGGGCUACGGUGCAAGUCCCGCCGCUGGGCCCAUGUCGCCGGGUGGAGGGUACAUGUCGGUGGCCAAAGGGAGCCCCUUUAGCUCCUCAUCCUCACCAGAGUGUUACAAACAGUACAACAGCAACCAGUGGAGCUUCAGACAAAGUUACGGUGGGUGGUCAGCCGACAAUUUUGGACCUCAGGCUUACAGUGAAUACGGCUCCAGUGAAUCAAAGGACAUCUUGGACAUCUCCAACUACACCCCCCAGAACGCCAAGAGACCCGCUUUCCCCGAGAGUCUGUCGGAGUCCUCCUCCGACUCGUCGCAUCCGGGUUCGGGGGCGGCCGGGAGUGGCCCUCCUUCCAUGGGGGGCGUCUUAAAGCAGAGCGAGGCGGCCGGCGGGGACGGAGCUCAGUCCAGCCUGUCCAGCCUGGAAAAGCUGAUGAUCGACUGGCACGAGAGCGCCUCGGCGCCCUCCUACAACUGGAGCCAGAAUGUCCUCUUCCAAGGCAGCGGGACCAGCAAGCCCGGCCGGGGGCGCAGGAAACGGACGGAACAGCCGGAAAAAGACGGGGGCUCCGUUUUGCACACGGAUUCCCCGUCCAGUCCCUCACCAACGAUCACACCCAAGCGUGGAGGGGGCGGGGGGCGGGGCCGAGGUUCCAGAGGAGGCCGGGGGGGGAUGUCCGGGUGCCCGAGAGAGCGUCUUUCGGGUUCCAAAGGGAGGGGGAAAGCUGCCGCGGCUUCUUCGGGUCUGGAGACUUCUGCCGUAUUCCAGGAGGGUCUGGACUAUUACAGCGGAGACAGUAGCAGCCUCUCUCCCUUGGCUACGCCCAAUUCCGCACCGCCUUCCAGCUACCUCCAGGACCCCUGCGAGUACCCGUCCCCUUAUUCGGCCAACCCCUCCACGCCAUCUUCUGAGGAGCGCUAUCCAGCCUUGUACCCCGGAGAGUCCUCCUCGUCGCUGUCACCCGGUGUGUCGUCUCCCCCUUACGCUGCCAAACCUCAGUCCUACCACCUCGUUUCUUCUCGAACCUUUUCCCCGUCCUGCUCCCCUCUGCCGCGGGCGACAGCCCACUGCAGCUCGGCCAUGAGCCCCUCGUACCGCCCCCCUCCCAAAGAAGCGGCGUUCUCUCAGUACGACUCGCCCAGCUACUGCGGCUCGCCGUACUGGUACGGACAGACGUCGCACAGCAGCACGCCCAGCCCGAGCACCCACCCGCACACGAGUCCGCACGCCGGCACUCACGGGAACCUGCUGGCGAGCCCCAACGCGCACAUGAACCCGCCGCCCCACGACCCGCAGCAUCAUCUUAGCUCCCACGCCAAGCCCUACGCCGCCGGCGCCCUCGCUCACACGCACGUCAACAAUCAGCCCCAGGCCGCCGCCCACUCGGCGCCCUCGCUCUACGACGAGUGCGGCGCCGCGACCGCCCACAAGCAAGAGCUGAUGCGGCGGCAGGGCCUUCUGACGCCGCCCCCCUUCGCCAAAAGCGCCCCGGAGGAGGACUCCGGCGCUUACUCGCUGUCCCAGCUUUCCUGCCAAGCCGCGGGGCACCGCUACCCAUCGCAGGCGUCGCAGCAGGGAGGCGGGGUGCUGUGCCAGCUUCUGGAGCAGGGCCACGACGACGGCUUCAGCGUGACCAGUCUGUAACAGCAGGUGCGUUCAAUCGACGCUUUUGGAAGCAUUUUGCCCCCCCCCCGACCCCCCCCCCCCCCUUUACCUCGCUUUUGUACGCUUUGACUUCUUUGUGGAAGACUGGAAGGGUGAGAAUUUUUAGCUGCCAGCUUUCUUGGGGACAUUGAAGCUUUAAUUCUCCGGCACUGACAAUCAAGAUCAACCUGCGAGCACACGCACGGACGCAACGUGCGCAAAGAGUCAUGCAAGUCGGACUCCAAACGGUUCCGUUUUUUUUUUUUUUUUCUUUUUUUUUUUCCCCGGGGUAUCUUUUUUCCCCCCCCGUUGCUUUCUUUGUUCCCGCCUCUCGCCGCUGCGCACGCUUUUGAAAACGCCCCCCCUCCUCGUGUGGACCCCCACCCCUUGCCGCUCUUGAGACACCAGCAUCUGUACAUACUCUCCUACAUGCUCUUCUGCGCCCCGUCUCUUGCUGUCUCGACUCCGCCCGAAGGACCCCAGAGUUCCGUGCGUUGUGCGCGCCUCUGCGGGGGUCCCAACGAGUGGGCUUUCUUUCACUCGCUCCCUUCUUCUUUCUGUUCUGUGGUCUCGUUGUUGUCGUUCGGUGGGUUUUUUGUGACGCGAAAUCCCCCCUUCCCCCCUCCCAAAAAAAAAAAAAAAAGAAGUUGUAUAUCUGUCCGUUACAUAUGUAUGUAUGUAUGUAACCGAGGUGCAAAAAUAUUUAAAUACACAUUCUGUUCUUGCCAUUGGUAACGUGGCGUGUGCGUGCGGUGUCUAAUUCGCGCCCUUCUGAGGGAUUAUGACGAGGCGGCAAGUUGGGGUUUAACUCCGGCUGUCUGGGAGCGAGAGCGAGAGUGCAGGCGAGGACAGAAAUUGGGGAGGGGAGGAGGCGGCAAGCGUGAGGGGAACGGAUGGCCGCUCGGCAGGAAAUCCGAGCGCUUCGGAUUCACCGCUCCAGCGGCUCGACAGACGGGCCACCCGAUUGGCCGCGUCUGGCGUGUACUGUACGCACAGUUUGUCGACAGGCUGACGAAACGGGUGCGCCUGCCGGGGCGCGGCGAUAGGAGGGCGCCCCAAAACGCCGCAGAACGACGUGACUCUGAACUCGGUGAGCGACAGACGUUUUCACGGCCGGGGUGUGCAUUUCGCCAGACGUUCAAAAGCGUUCGUUAGGAAAAAGAAAGGAGGGGGAAAAAAAAAAAAAAAGUUUGUUCCUGGCUUUUUACGUUCCUUUAUCAUCAGCAUGGGUCGGUUUCUGAAUGAAAAGCGGAAAUUCAAUAUUUUCUCCCGCAAACAAAAUAUGGAGACCUGGACUAAGUCCUCUGAUUCUAAUUUGUACUGUACAGCAGCUGCAGCCAAAUGCAGGACCUGAGAGAAACCAUAUUUGGUCAUUUCAAAUGGAAGAAUUUGGGGAAUAUGUUGCUCAACUCAUUUUCAUCAUUUCCAAAAAAAUGACCAUUGAAUUCCUGAUGUUCUGUCAUUCAGUUUUUGCGUAAAGAGAAGCUACAGGAAAAGAAAACACGACCUUCCAGGUGCCCUAGAAAGGGUUAAUCACUAUCUUCUGCUGUUGCUAGGUGAUAACAUCUGCAGUGUGCGCACUAUUAUUUUUUCAUCUUAAUUCAUGGCUCUUUGUUAUUAUCACAAAAAAAAUGUGUAGCUAAAACUAACAUUAGUGUACCGGCAGACCUGACUCCAUUUUUUUUUAAUAUUCCUGCGU